CCAGUCUGCGGCUGGAAGCGCGUCCGUUCGGUUCGCUCACCCCGCUUUCUCUGCCCAGCUGCAGCAGUCAGUGCGCUCCGAGCCGCAGUGACACACGAACAGAGAAAGAGAGAGAGAGAGAGAGAAAGACUCUACGUCUCGUGCUCGUGUGCGACUAUCUCUGCACGUAUACGUGCGCACGCAGAGAGGGAGACGCGUGUUGUGCAACACAGCAGCAGGCCAGCAGCGCGCAUAGGCAACGGACCUCGAUCGUCUCGAAGAAGGAUACCUUUGCAUCAGUGAAUAGAGUUUCGGUUGGUCUUUCGACCUCGUGCUAGAGUCAGUGCGCAGAAAACGUCGCGACGCGGGUUUCUUCCACGCGCUCCCCGAGAGAUUACGAGCUCGAGGCGCUAUCGCUCGCGCGCACAAGAAGAAGGCGCGAGGAAGAUUGGAAAGCCGCCGCUUUUGGAGGUUAUACGCGGGCCUUGAUGCGACGCAAACGGCGCACGAAAUAUUCCUGAACCAGUGACACGGCCAGCAGCAGCGGCGCCAGCUUUUCCUUUCACGCACUCAUUCCCCCGAAUACCGCCCGUCUCUCUCUCUCCCUCUCUCCCUCUCUCCUUCUCUCCCUCUCUCUCGACGUCCGUCUCUGUCUCGCUCCUUCCUUCCUCCCGCUCCGCGCCGCUCUCUCGCAGCGCACAGUCUCUCUGUCGCCUCGACGUCGCGCAUUCCGCAGUCGCCGAGACUCUCUCGGGAAAAAUCGCGCGCCCAUGAGACGCUGACGCUCUGCGCGUCUCUCGCCCCCGCCGCAGCUGAUCGGUACAGAAGCGAGUCGCCCAGCCGGAGCCGGGUAGCCUGGCGACGACGAGCUGAGAGCCAGGCAGUCGUAGCAUGGAAGGCGCUGGCCGCGAUCAGCGUGAACAGCGUGAGCAGCAGCAGCAGCAGCAGCAGCAGCAGCAGCAGCGUGAGCAGCAGCAGCAGCAGCAGCAGCCGGCCCAGCACCAGCAGCCCAUCCACUAUCAGCAGCAGCAGGUCCAGCCGCUACAGCCGCUGAUGACGAAGCUGCCGGGCUUGACGCCGAGCCACGGCCCGACGACCCUGAUCCAUCGCUCGGGCCACUGCUACCAGCCGCACCGACCCUACCUGGCCCUGCCGCCCCAGCCCCAGCAGCCCCACCUGAGGCCCCACAAGAAGCUCAAGACGGGCCCCGCCGACACGGACGCGCCGACUAACCUGGACCCCUCCGCGGUGGCUGCAGCCGCCAAGCACUCGCCGCAGCGCUCGCCGCAGCACCAGCUCUACUCCUCGAGCCAGCAGCAGCAGCAGCACCACCACCACCACCACCAGCAGCAGCAGCAGCAACACCAGCACCCCCAGGACCUCCUGCUCGGCCGGCACCCGCACCACGAGCAGAGCCACCACCACCUGCACCACCAGCACCUGCAGUCGCACCACCACCACCACCACCACCAGCAACACAUCGUGGGCGUGACGCACCUGCUCGAGGCCGCGAGACACCCGCUGCUCCAGCGCUCCAAGAGCGCCAAGACCGUCCGCCAGCAGGUCACCACCAGCACCCAUGUGUCCAGCCUCUACCCGGAGAUCCUCGCGCUCAUCUUCAGCAAGCUCGACGUGAGGGACCGGGGCCGCGCGGCCCAGGUCUGCGUCGCCUGGCGCGAGGCCUCCUACCACAGGUCCGCCUGGCGGGGCGUCGAGGCCCGGCUCCACCUGCGCAAGCACUCCUCCGCGGUCUUCUCUUGCCUCGAGAAGCGCGGCAUCAAGCGCGUCCAGGUGCUCUCGCUGACGAUGCGCCGCGGCCUCGGCGACGUCUUCCGCGGCAUCCCCAAGCUCCACUCGCUCAACCUCUCCGGCUGCUUCAACAUGUCCGACGCCGGCAUCAACAGCGCCCUCAGCCAGCCCUUCUCCUCGCUGACCCAGCUGAACCUCAGCUACUGCAAGCACAUCACCGACGCCAGCCUCGGCAAGAUCGCCCAGUGUCUGAAGAACCUCGAGACCCUCGACCUCGGCGGCUGCACCAACAUCACCAACAGCGGCCUCCACGUCAUCGCCUGGGGCCUCAAGAGCCUCAGGCGGCUCGACGUCAAGAGCUGCUGGCACGUCUCCGACCAGGGCAUCGGCUACCUGGCCGGCAUUAACAGCGAUGCCGGCGGCAACCUCGCCCUCGAGCACCUCGGCCUGCAGGACGUUCAGAGGCUGACCGACGAGGGCCUCAGGUCCAUAUCCCUCGGCCUCGCGACCAGCCUCCAGUCCAUCAACCUCUCGUUCUGCGUGCAGAUCACCGACAACGGCAUGAAGCACAUCGCCAAGAUCACGAGCCUGCGCGAGCUCGACCUGCGCAACUGCGACAUCUCCGAGAGCGCCAUGGCCAACCUGGCCGAGGGCGGCUCCAGGAUAUCCUCGCUGGACGUCUCCUUCUGCGACAAGGUCGGCGACCAGGCGCUCCAGCACAUCAGCCAGGGCCUGUUUAACCUCAAGAGCCUCGGGCUCUCGGCCUGCCCGAUCAGCGACGAGGGCAUCGACAAGAUCGCCAAGACCCAGCAGGACCUCGAGACCCUGCUCAUCGGCCAGUGCAGCCGGCUCACCGACAAGAGCAUCCUCACCAUAGUCGAGAGCAUGCCCAGGCUCCGGAGCAUCGACCUCUACGGCUGCACCAAGAUCUCCAAGUUCAGCCUCGAGAAGAUCCUCAAGCUGCCCCUGAUCUCGCUGAACCUGGGACUCUGGCAGGAGCGCCGGUGAUAGCGCUCGACGCCAGCGCACGCAGCAGCCCCUACUGGCUUCUCCACGUUGACACAUCAGCGUCGAAGCAGCAGCAGCACAACGGCCGCAGGCCGAACUUGGAAAGUCGCGGCGAACACGAGAGCCAAUAGCAGCAGCAGCGCAUCUGGCAGUGCAGAAACGUCGACUGCAGCGGAGAAGGCCGGACCAUCCACAGCGGAAAUUCCGCCGGCCCAUGAAUAAAUUCAAGACUCGCACACGCCGCGCACUUCCACCUGUUUCUCGCUCUGUCGCCGCCGCCGCCGCCGCCGCCGCCGCCGCCGGCUGCACGCGCUCUAUGUAUAAUACAUGCUCGAUCCCCUCUCUACCCCGCGCGCGCUCGCGAGCGUACGUUUUAUCGACUUCUAUCCUUUAUACGGCGAGUAUGUGUCUGUGCGUGCGUGUGUGUGUGUGUGUCUCUCUCUCUCUCUCUGCGUCGAGUACAUCGAAAAAUAUAUAUAUACACACGGCGGCGGCGAUCGACAAAUUAUUAUAUACGAGGACGAGUCGGCCGUACGUCGCGGCGGUGUGCGUCUGUUGUAUGGACCUCGCGCGGCGAAGACAGUGUAUACGUAUUACAUGGAAUCGAGCGAUUGUGUACAGGGAGAGAGGGAUCGAUUAUUUUUCUCAAGCUUAUCGACGCGCGCGGUGGCUUGUCUCUCUCGCACGCACACUCACACACACACACACCCACACACGCAAACACGCGAUGUACACAUACCAUAUACACUGCAUAUAUAGAAUUGUUUUUUAUUUUUAUUAUUAUAAAGAAAGAAGAAGGAUGGCUCAGUGCAGGUGCGAUUGCCGCGAGUUGUAUAAUGUUUAAGCGAGAGACCUGCGUCUCUCUCGCACACAGCGAGUAUACGUGCAUGCGAUAUGAUGAUGAUGAUGAUGAUGAUGAUGAUGAUGGUAAUGAUGACGACGACGGCGACGAUGACGAUGUGUAUUACAUAUACCUGUGUACCGCGACUCAUAAUCGAAGUCGGAGCAGUAAUACACAUAAGUAUAUAUACAUAUAGUUAUAUACAUAUAGUAGUUGCUCGGCGAGUCCGCUCGCCGGAGCGCCAAUUCGGAAACAUGUUCCUCGUGCGAUUGAUCCGGGAAAAUGAAAGAGACGAGAACGAGACGACGAAACGCUCGCCGGACGCGCCACCGGCCGGCAACGAAGCGCUUUUAUAAAUAUAUAUAUUAUACAUAUACAUACAUCAUUAAUUUUGUAUAUGCCGCAAUGCGUUCUCCUUGCGUACAUAUUAUAAUGUAUUUUCUAAUAGGAUUUCCGUUGCGCCGCGACGAGAGUCUCGAUUCUCUCUCCUUUUGUACACUGCGAGCCCGCAUGUCGGCCGGCUGCUCGAACCUUGUUCUGUUUUUUAAUUAGCGAAUUAUGUGCUAGGGUGAUGCUGAUCAUCAAAGAAUCGUGUAAUACGUGCGCAAGCCACGACACACUGCGAUGUGUGUACUCGUGUGCAAUAUUAGGCGAGAGAGGGAGCGAGGAAGAGUCGGUUAUAUACGUUGUUAAGCGCGCAGCCCUUUCCCUUACCUUCUUCUUUUUUGUAUUUUUGUUAUACUUUUGGCAUUCUCGCGCCUCCUCGGCGGCGGCGCGGCGAAUCGAUCGUGCGUGCUCGCGCCGAAUUCCUUUCUCUUUCGCUCGCUUCCUCUCUCUUUUUUCUCUCGCUCGCUCGCCAACCCGUUAUUUUUUGUCUCCGCGAAGCGCUCCCCCUCCCUCGGCCUCUGUCUAUACACAGCUGUUGUUACCUGCGUUAGUCAUGUGCGAUUGUAGUUAUUUUCCUAUCGUUGCGUUAGUUACGAUUAGUUGCGCCGAUUCCCUCCCUUGCGACACUUUGCGCGAGCAGAUACAGCUUCUUUCUCUCUCUUUCGCUUACUCGCGCGAAAGAGCCUAUCGUCCGCGCGAAAGACUACCGAGGGGUUAAGAACUCGUCGAUUUCUCUCUCUCUCUCUCUCUCUCUCUCUCUCUUUCGCUCGGCUUAAGGCAACCCUUUCACCGCCUGUGUGCGCGCGCGCGCCGCGCAAGCAUAAUGUUUUCGUUCUCGGAAAAAAUGUUUUCUGGAGUCGCGGGAGACAAAACACCGGUUCGCGAGCGUUUCUAGUUGUUGAAUAGCGAGUUGUUGCUCUUGAGGGCUUUUUUACUACUGCCGUAGUGAGAGAGAAAGAGGGAAAGAGAGCGAGGAGUAAUUGUACAUUCUCGAGGAAAAAAGGUGCCACACGCUUGGUUGUAAUUGAAAGGCGGAGUUUCGACGACUUUUGUUGAGUGAUUAUUUAGGAUAAUUUCAAUCUUCUUGUUAUACGCGCGCGUGCCGAAAGACUGUUGUUCGAAUGUUUUCAUUAAUUUUAAUGGAACUUGUCCUAGUUCGCCUGUAUAGCAGAAAUUGCGUUAGUAAAAUAUGUUGUUGAUUAUCUGAUUUAUUCUUUUUUAACCAUGUCGAAAAUAGAUAGCGCUAUUUUAAAUUGACAAUCACUCGUUGUUCUUGUUGUUGUGUCAUUCAAAUCUCCAUUUUCCCGUUUUUUAUUGAUAAAGACGACAGCCAGGCGAAAAUAAAAGCGCACGAGAGAGCGAGGGAAGAAAAUUACUCUUUAUCAAUACAAAACGUCGCGUCUCCCGGAGCUUUCCGCGGGACUAAUGAAAGGGUAGCAGUCCCGUAAUUUCGCAAAACGCCGCCGCCGUCGAUUCGCGAAAACCACGCUUCGCUCUCUUUUACUCUCCCCAAUGCGCUCGCUUUUAAAUUAUCGAGUGUACUCCUAACGCGAGCGCGUACUUUUUUAUGCGGAACGCAUUCGCGAAGGAAAAACAUCGAGUUCCGUUAGCGACUAUUUCUUGCGGAAAAAAGAAAGGGACCGUAUAUACGCGGCUGCGCACAGGGAAAGGAGGAACACGAAGGAACGAGAGUAUAGCGCGCAAAAAAAGAGAGCGGGAAAAAACGAGGGAAGACCCGUGGGGGUGGAAGAGCACGGGGAGGAAAGGAAGCAGCGGCGGCAGCGAACCCUUUACCUCGAGCGCAGCGCAUUUUCCUCUCGUGCUUUUUUCCCUCUCUCUCUCUCUCUCGCUCGCCUGUAUUUCAAGUCUGUAUCGAGGAUCGUGGCCGGCUGGAUUCUUUUCCUCGGGAUUUUUUCCUCCUCGGCCCGAAGGAGGAAUAAUUGCUCCCUCUGCGCGUGGGGCUUCCGGUUUCCUGCAACAAUGCCCGGACGAAAUGUGCGAGGAGAGCGAGCGGGAGAAAGAGAUGAAAAAAGGACGUACACAUAGGCGAUGCUUCUUUUUGCUCCGCGUUCUAUCUGACUCUGCAGCGCUAGCCUGCUUCUGCCCGUACACGUAAGACUCGUGGCGUAGUAUCGACCGAAAAGCCUCGGAGAGCCGUAUAGAGCAGCGAUGUAUAGGUGUACAGGGGAAGCGAAUAAAAAAGUGCGCAAUAAGGGAGAAAAUUCACAUCAAACUUCGUUCCGCGAAUUCGCCUCGUUUCGCUAGUCUCUGCAUUGUUACUGGACACUCGGCUGUGUAGAAUAGAAGCAGCUCGAGCAGCCGAUCGUGUGUCCGAGCGUCAGCUUCUUUUUGAUAAUGCUUGAAACUCGGCUUUCAGCAGCGCGAAAAUCCGAGGCCCCGAGAUCUGCGUAAUAUAAGCCAGGGAGAGAGAGAGCUCGGAGUCGCUCCGGCUAUCGUCUUACGUAAGCCGCCUCCGCCCGAUAAGACUCAUCAAUCCUCGAAACUGCGCUCGGCGAAACAAUAGCCUCGUUCUUCAGUAUACCCACGUACCUACGUACGCCGCGGCGCUCCUCCCGAAUCACAAUGAAAAAACGCGAGACGCGUGUGGACCUUAUCAACUGCUACGUCGCGCGAAUAAAAAGCGCAAAGAGAAAGAGAGAGAGAGAGAGAGAGAGAGAGAGAGAGCCGAGCUUGAGCUUUCCACGAAGCGAUAAUGCAUCCUUAUCAGUCGCGCGUGUACAAAAACAGCGACGAUACGGCGACUCGUUGCAGCGUUACAUGUAUAAAGAAAGAGAGAAAGAGAGAUAGAGAGAAGCGCAGAGACGAUCUAGUUUAAGGCUCAAGAACCAGACAAAGAAACUCAAAGAAACAACGACACUUGCAUUUAGUUGCGCCUAGUUUUUCCGCGUAUGCGAUAUGUCUAUAUAAUAAUGUUGUACAGAGAGUGCGCCGAUAUCGAGUAAACCUCUCGCGCUCGGGGUGCCCCUUCGGCCUGUCUACGGGCCUGAUCUCCGCCUCCGAGCGCGUUCACACACACACACACACACGCGCGCGCGCGCGCGAAUAUACACGUAUACAUGUGAAAAAUGUGCGCGAGUGCCGAGAGUGAGCGAGAAUACACGUAUGUAUAGGUAUAGAUAGGCGUUCGUUCGUUCGUUCGGAAAGUCAGUAGCGUCAUCGCAUUUAUGUAACUGACAACGAGAUAAUGCGUCGCGAUCGAUGCGGAAUGCCGAACCGCUGCUCUCGAAUAAGAUACAAGCGCGAGCGACGACUAGAAUUUACAUGUGCGUAGAGAGAGCGAUAGCGUGUAAAUAGCGUGAUGCGAGGCAACGUGCAAGUAUACAUUUAUAUAUGAGAACUGCGAUGAAGAGAGAGAGAGAGAAAAAAUAGCGUGCGUGCAACGAACGAUGCGGCCGCGAGAAAGUUGCCGCAUUAUGCUGCUCUCUGGUCGCCCUCCCCCUUCUUCUCGACAUUCAGCGCGAGAUCUGUUUACGGAUUAUGACGAUGACGUAGCGAAUUUUCGGCUGCGCAGCGCGGCGGUGACCGAUCCGCCGACUCUUUCGAUUUAUUAUUAUUAUUUUGUUUUUUUUUUUUUGUAAUGUUGACUUUAAAUUUUGAUUUAGUUAUGUACGACUUUGAAAUGAUUUUCCCCUUCUCUAUUCUCCUAUUAUAUGCGUUGCGUUAUAGUUCGUCGCGAGUAUACUACUGUAAUUUGCAUUGUAAAUAAACGAGCACCACUUCACACCGACACUGCGAAAAUACGACGAGAUGUGUACAUGUAAAUAAUAAAACAUGAAAAAUGUUUGUUAAAUAUAGAAUAUGUUACGUUUUCUAAGAAAAAAA